AUGCCCCUCGACAUCAACCCAUACCUUCACUCCUCCACUCUCGUCUCCAAACCCAUGUCGGACCCUUCCAUGUUCACACAAUCCAGACAUACGACCGCCUCAACAUUCAACACCCCGCCUCUGGGUGUCAACACCAAGGGCGGGACAUCCCCAUUGGCCCUGAUAUCGAUGCAGCGCCAUUCCGCACCUCAUCACCAACCACCAUUACUCGCUAUCAAGGAGGAACCCCGCCUGGAACACCGUCCGAGACUCAGCCUCUCAGUACCCCAUGUACCGGGAAAAACCCGAAAGAGGCACAAGCGGAACAAAGCCGACUGUCUGUAUACCGAUGCACAACAGUCUCGAUCUACAUGGGGAGACCUGCCGCUGAGCCAAGAAAAGAUCCUUGGUGUCUCUGCAUCCAUCGACGACGAAGACACAUCAGCGUCUUCCGAGAGGAGCUCAAAAGCCAUCUCGGACAUACCCUCUUCAGGAGCUGCAGCAUCAGCAGCAGCGACAUCUUCACCUUCAACUUCACGAGUUCCAAAGAGCACUGCACAGUCAUCCGUGUUAUCAAUAACCACACCUGCAUCGGCAUCUAAAUCACCAACCAGCCAUCCGACACAAAGAGGCUAUGCUAAACAAUCAGCCCGUAUACCAGAUGGUUUCGCAUCCUCGUUUCCUGCAUCGGCAUCAUCGUCGACAUUAACCCCGCAGAUGUCUUUUAAUCCUGGCCAUGCCACAUAUGAGCAGGAUUUCAAUCUCGACAGGAGGAAACAGCAGCUGGGCAUCCAGUCGACACAGAUCUCGAGGGCGAUCCGAGUUGCUCGACCGGGGCCACAGUUCAACUCUUCAAUUUUGCUCAACGGCGGCGGCGAUUCAGGUGCUCACCGGCCACUGGACCAUGGCCUCAUGCGAGAGACCUCGGACAGCUCUCUGGUCACACAGGGAUCUUUGAACGCUAACAACAGCACUCGUCCUCGUGUAACAUCCAGUCAAUCGGUGCCCAAUACCCUGUGGCGCCAAGAACCCGGUACGAGUACAGCCGGAUCCAUGACAACACUCUCCAAACAACAACAGCAACAGUUGCAGCCUCAACAACAAUUACUGCAUCAUCACCAACAACAAUACCACUCCAACCCUGCCGAUUCUUUAGAGGCGAAGCAGACAAGUAUUCUCCCACUAGUACAACCGAUACCCCAGUACUCUGAUUCUCCUAAGCGGGAGCCUAUUUCUGCAUUUGCAGCCAUGGACCAAGGGAACAACAGAUUGAGUUCUAGCUCUCAGUCUAUGAUGAGCGCACGAGUCGCUUCACAGCCUCAACAACUAUUGCAGCAACAACAGAGGCAACAAAACUUUUUGAGCACGGAUACCUCCUCUGGAUUUAUGACAGGAUCAGCAUAUCCUCAAAGUUUACAACAGAACGACUUCCAACCUCCAGUCACCAUUUUGAAUGACCAGCAGCUCCCGCUCUACGACUCCCCACAGCCCUUCGGGACCCCUCAAGCGCAAUUCCAGACGCCAGGACAGCACCAGCAGCAGCAGAGUUCCCAACAGCAACAGUUUGAUCAGCAGCUCAUGCUCCAGUUGCCGGUGUCUGCUUCUGGGACACCAACCAGCAUCCAGCACCACCAGGCACAGUCAUACCAAUUUCAAGCACAGUCGCAUCUCCAACAACGGCAACAGCAGCAGCAACAUAUGCCAUACAUUCAUCAACCACACCAUCAGAAUGCUACUCAGCAACAGCAGCUGGAUUCUCCACUGGGUCCCGAUCACGCCAUUUCCUCAGCAGCGCCAGUUUCGUCCGUUGCGAUCUCUAGCGGUGUGCAGCCUCCUUCUCAACUCGAGGCCUGGGCCUCUCCGACCACAAAUGGAUUCUCUGCAACAGCAGCAGCAGCUAGCUCUGGUGCUCAAAAUCAAAUCGAUUGGAAGAGCAGCUCCAUUUCGCAACCAACUUCGCUCGACUACCCCAAUCGACCAUUCAACCCCCAGACCGACUCACAUUAUAGUUUCAGCGGAUCACCAAUAGCACCCACAAAGCCGACAACAUUAGCUACUAGUACUACUUCGACCACCCCUUUGACGGCGAUCCCUUCUCUUGCCGGCUCACCUGCGGUUUUCUCCGGGGACUAUGGACAGCAACAACAAAAGUCCCGACAUAAUGGAGCACCACUGCGUCAACAGGUAUUCACACCUUCGCCGAUCCAGUCCAGGGCAGAGGAGCAACGGGAUGAAGCUGCGCGGAUACGGAAGAUUGCCAAGGAUCUUUUGGACUGCCAGCAAUACGACUAUGGUGUGUUUUUGCCGAGGCACAUCUCGCAGGAGUAUCCGGACAUCUGGGUUGCCCCCCACUCCAACCAACCUGGAGGCCUAGAUGGGAUCCCUCGACAGUUGCUGGUGCUGCCUAAGGAUGCCAACUUCUUGGUCGACGUGUUCUUUGAGAAUGCAUGCUUCUAUUACCCCAUUCUCAACCGAUCGACGGUGGAGCUGCAUCUCAUGGAUCCGCACACGGCGCACUCGUUGUUCCUGCUGAACAUUGUCUUUAUGGCCGCCUGCAAGCAUCUCGGCAAGAGUACCUACAUUAAGCGAGCCAUCCAGUUCCGUGAGCGCGCACGAGAGCUGCAGUAUCAUAUUGACGGAAGGGUUCGGCUCUCAAGGAUUCAAGGCGCACUAUUGGGCUCGCAGGUGAUCUACGGAGUUUUCACCGUCGUUAUUGGAUACGCCCAACUCUGUGGAUCCUACAGCAAACUGCCGACCAUUUCCAACCUUUCUGAUGACAACAACAACAACAACUCUACGAGAAUCAGCGGCGAUGAUUACGACGAUGGCAAAGAGGCGAUGACGGAUCUUACAGAUGAGAGUCGACGAUUGGUGGCGCAGAAGGGGACCAUUCCUGAGGCGGCUUUCCAGCAGCGGUUGUGGUCGUUCUGGACAAUUUACAUUCGAGAUUCGAUGUCGAGGCUCUAUUUUGGAUGGCCGCAUGGGAUUGAUGCUCUGGCGAUAACGGCGGACUUGCCGACGAUCAAGGGGUCUGUGGGCCUUGGUGGGCGGAGGAAGGGGUUGAAUGGGUAUGGUGGCCGUGCUGGUGGUGCUGCUGGAGGGACAGGGAAGCGUCGAGGACCGAUGAAACCCGUCUUGCCGGAGAGGAAGAUGAUGAAGGCUGCGAAUAAGGGAAAGCAGCAGCAGCAGGCGCACAAGUCUGAGCUGGAAUCUUAUCGUGUGUCCUCGACGUUUUCUGACGACGACGACGAUGAUGAUGACGAUGAUGAGGACGAUAAUGACAAAGCUGGAAGAAGCGAUGAUGAUGAUGAUAGUGACUUGGAGCAAGGGGAUAUCCACUUUCAGGGUACGCCUAGUAUGAGCCGCCCCUCUGUGGAUGCUACGAUGAGCUCGGCACCAGGAGAGAAGCGAGGCAAGUGGUCGUUUGAUGGUCCGCUUCUGCCAUCUAUUGGUGGUCGCGAGGUUGCGCCUUCGAUUUCUGGACUCUCGAGGACAUUUGUCGAGAAGCAGAGUCGAGGUGAAGACCUUCAUCGCCGUGCUUCUGGAGCUGCAUCUGGAUCAAGUUCGGGGUCAGGUUCAGGUCCUGGGACAGGCUCACAUUCGUCGAUUGACAUCAAGCGCCACACGGAGCGGAUGAAAUUGCUGCUGGAUGCCGAGGAGGACGUGACGGACGGAGGUGCAUAUUCGAGGAUCUUGUUCUUGGAAGAGAUUAAGCUUUGGACGAUCGGUCGUCGAGCUGGGCUUUACCUCAUGGGCCGCAGUACUUCGUCGAGUGCGAGUCCCUUGGGUGCCAUGACGGGAUCUUUUUCGACCACAUCGUCAGUCCAUGAUCUGUAUGGGCCAAGUUCUAGCGGUGCUGCUGCGGAGAAAAGUGACCCGUUCGCGACGGCGAUUAAUGCCUCACUUGAUGCGAGUCGGUGCUCAGAGCGGGCGUGGUUGGAUGAUAAGGAAUUGCAGGGUCUGCAGGCAGAACUCAUGGCCUGGGAGCAGGCAUUGCCGCCUAUGUUUAAGUUCCGUCAGGACGUGGAUGCACCCGACAUCAACCACAAACUCAACGGCAAACUUGCGGUGCUAUCGUUGUUCUACUACACGAUCACGAUAAUGCUCCAAUCCUCAUACCUCCCCAUCCCGCAAUACCUCUCCUCCUCUUCCCGCUCAACCGCCUUCAAAUCCCCCGAUAACAUCUCCCAAGAAUACGACGACCUCUUUAGUCGUUCAGGAUCCGUCAACUCCAUGGGUUUGUCCGACGACGGCACCGCCUACCCCACAACAAUCACAACCCCACCAACCUCCACCACCACCCGGAUCAAACGUGAGGGCGGUGAUAGUGAGUACCUCUAUCCAAACCGAUUCGCAUACCUCCACCAGCAACAUCAACAUCAGCGACAAAACAGUACGAGCAGCAGCGUUAGCGGUAGUGGGAUCGCAAUCCCUGGAGGGUACUUUAACACCGCCCACAAGAUCUGCACCCAACUCUCGAACGUCCUCUACCACCACCUAGAACUCAUGCUGGACUCUUAUCCGAACUGGUGUUCAAUCCAGAGCAAAUUGAACCACUCCCUCGUCGCAGCCCUGCGCGUCUCCUGUCUCAACGCCCGACUUAGUACUAACUCCCAGGCGAUCAGGGAUGAAGCCAAGGCAGGGUUCAAGAUGGGGUCGGAUCUGUUCAAGCGCCAGGCGCUGUUACCGGAUCCGUUGACGAUCCGCGACUGGCCUGCGGAAGAAGAUGUCCAGGUGAUGUUGGAUUUGGAGGAGGAGUUUAGGGAGAUGAUGACUACACAGGAGGAGGAGGAGGAGAGGAGUCGAAGUCAUACGAGGGAUCAGUCUGAGGAGGCUGCUGCCGCGGCUGCAGCUGCCGCUGCAGCUGCAGCAGGUGGCGUCCGGUCGGUGUUUGAUGAAGACCCGGGCGAUCGGUUGUUGUACCUCCCCCCAAACCCGGAUGGCUCUGCGUCCUUUGAUGCUGCCACCGCUGCCGCUGCCGCUGCCGUCUCCGCCAGUAGUGGAAUGCCUUCGACAUCGGCCGAGGGAGACCUUAUUGCGAUGGACGGAAGUGGUGCCAUUGGUGGGGCAGCUGGCCAGGGUAUGGAUUAUGGAUUGUUUAGAGCCGAGCACGUCUUUGGGCUUAGCGAGGCUUUCCAAUUCGACUACAACAUCGGUGCCUAG